CUGGUUCAAAAAUAUGUCAAAAAUAAUGACUACUAAAUAGACAAUUAACCCUAUUUAUGGUGAACUGUAGUUCGUUAUGCUCUAAUUAGGUACUCAAGAGAAAUGUGUGGUAUAAUUAGGUGAACUACUGCAAAGCUAAUUGUUUCUUUGUUUGUACACACAGUAGCUAAUUAAUCCCAAAUCACCAUUUACUUUUUUGUCAGCACUUUAUAUUUGUGAUUAUAACUGGGUCUUUUGGCCAGGUUCAGUGGACUAAUUGUACUUGGAUUGUAAGUCAAGCUUCUGUUAUGUAUUGCAUGUAAUAGAGCAUUGUAGGAAGCAUUAUAUAAUUUAGCUUUUCCUUACUUUGAAAUGUCAUGUGCAUGAUGUUUUUUUUUUUAAUGUUUAAUGAAAUUAAAAUUGUGUUAUUUUUCCAGGUGUAAAGAAGAAUUUCAAAUGAAUAGCACCAAUAGCACAGAUUCAUUUGAUAAAGGAUUUUAUCUAGUUGCUUACAAUUCUUUGGGCAAUAAGAACUACUUGAUAUUGGCAUUAGGAAUUAUCUACCUGAUCACACUGCUAUGUAAUUUUACUCUUCUGGCUAUAAUCCUGAUGAACUCCAGUUUACAGAACCCCAAGUUUCUUGCGGUUUUUAACCUCGCUGUAGUUGACAUUUCUAUAAACAGUGUUAUUAUUCCACAAAUGGUUCCUGUGUUUGUAUUUAACCUUAAUCACAUCAGUUUUGAAUCAUGCUUCUCCCAGAUGUUUUUCAUGCACUUUUUUGGUGACAUGGAGUCCUUUUCACUGGCUCUAUUGGCUUAUGAUCGCCUGAUUGCUAUCUGCUUUCCUUUACGCUACCCUACUAUGAAUACUAAUGUGCGGAUGGUGCUCAUCAUAGCCAGCCUGUGGUGUCUGGUUUUUUUGAUUGAGCUUUACCCUGUAGCUCUGGCCAGUGGCCUCUCCUACUGUAGAUCAAGGGUGGUUCCCAGCUGUUGUUGUGAGCAUGGCCCAGUUUAUAAUCUAGCCUGUGGAGAUAUUUCUUAUAACAAGAGACUGGCACUUGCUAAAACGUUAGUUGUCCUGCUUGGUCCUUUGACUUUCAUCAUUUGCUCGUAUGUCAUAGUGGUGGUGGCAGUCUUGCGAAUUGCGUCUCCGACACAAUGCUGGAAGGCCUUCAACACCUGUCUUACUCACAUGAUCUUGGUCCUCAUUUAUUAUCUGCCAAUCAUUUUGGCUUACAUACUAGGGAACUUGAAAUUACUGCAAUCAGCUGAUCUUUACACAGCAGGUCUAACAGUCUGUGUCACAUUGCCAGCAAUGUUAAACCCUAUCAUAUAUAGCUUAAAGACUGAGGAACUGCGCGACAAGUUGCUGAAAUUUAUUAAGCCGCAAAAAGUGUCAAAUACAGUCUAAUAAACAAGAAUGAAUCAAUCAGGGAAUGGCUUUAGAGGAAUUCAUUAUACUUCAUGACACAUACGACUGGUACUGUGAUAUUUUAACUUACUACAAAUAUUUAA